AGCCUGACUUUUGCAUUUUGAUUUCUUUGAAAAAAUUGCUGUUGGCAAAUCUGUUGCAUAUUCCUUCCUUUCGCUUCCCCUACCCCUGGACCCUGGUAGAGUCUUGACUAAUCUUGAUCCCCAUUUUGUUUUGCUGUCUCUUUCCAUUUGUGUGCUUCAUUUUCCACUCUCUUGAAAUCCUGCCAAAUCGCCGAUAAACACACCAGAAAAUCUCUUCCAAUAUCCCAGGAAAAAUAUUACCACUUCGAAUUCCGCCAUUGUUGCUAUGAUUCAGAUCGCCUAAAAAUUCACAAUUUUGAAUUUCAAGCUCACCUCAGUCGAUUGGAUUACAUUGAUUGACAAAAAUGAUGGUGGAAGACCUCGGCGUCGAAGCUCGAGAAGCCGCCGUGCGCGAGGUUGCUAAGCUUUUGCCGGUUCCCGAGCUUCUACAGUCCAUUUCUUCGAUUAAGGCUGAUUACAUUUCGCGGCAGCAGGCAAAUGAUGCUCAGCUUAGCACCAUGGUUGCUGAACAGGUUGAGCAGGCACAAUCUGGACUUAAAUCACUUUCCUUGUCAGAAAAAACAGUCAACCAACUCCGAGAAAACUUUGUUUCCAUAGAGAAGCUAUGCCAAGAAUGCCAAACAUUGAUAGAUAAUCACGAUCAGAUAAAGCUCCUUAGCAAUGUGAGGAAUAAUUUGAACAAGACUCUAAAGGAUAUUGAGGGGAUGAUGUCUAUAUCUGUUGAAGCAGCUGAGGCACGAGAAUCACUGAGUGAUGAUAUAGAGCUUAUCAACACAUACGAGAGAUUGACCGCUCUAGAUGGAAAAAGGCGAUUUGCAUUAGCAGCUGUUGCAUCACAUAAAGAAGAGGUUGGAAGAAUAAGAGAAUAUUUUGAAGAUGUAGAUCGAACAUGGGAGACAUUUGACAAGACCUUAUGGGGCCACAUUAGCAACUUCUAUAAGCUUUCUAAAGAAAGUCCACAAACCCUUGUCCGUGCAUUAAGGGUUGUUGAAAUGCAAGAGAUCCUUGAUCAUCAACUUGCUGAAGAAGCUGCUGAGGCCGAGGGAGAUGGAGCAAUGGCAUCAAUUGGAAAUGCUCGUCGAACCACAAAGGAUGGGAAAAGAAUUAGUGCAACAUCUGCUCAGCCGAAGGUUCAGGGAAAAGGCUACAAGGACAAAUGCUAUGAACAAAUAAGAAUGACAGUAGAGGAACGAUUUAGCAGGCUUCUCACAGAGCUUGUUAUCGAGGACCAUAAAGCAGCACUGGAGGAAGCUCGGGCGAUCGGAGAAGAGCUUGGAGAUAUUUAUGACUAUGUGGCUCCUUGUUUCCCUCCAAGAUAUGAAAUAUUCCAACUGAUGGUCAACCUGUACACAGAGCGAUUUGUUCAGAUGCUUAGGUUGCUUAGCGACAAGGCAAAUGAACUUACGAACAUAGAGAUAUUGAAGGUCACUAGUUGGGUGGUUGAUUACCAACAAAACUUGAUUGACCUUGGUGUGGAUGAGUCUUUAGCCCAAGUUUGUUCUGAGAGUGGUGCUAUGGAUCCUUUGAUGAAUGCUUAUGUUGAAAGAAUGCAAGCUACAACAAGAAAAUGGUACUUAAAUAUCUUGGAGAAUGACAAGACACAACCUCCGAAGAGAACAGAAGAGGGGAAACUGUACACACCAGCUGCUGUGGAUUUGUUCCGAAUCCUAGCAGAGCAAGUGCAAAUUGUCCGUGAUAAUAGUACUGAUGUCAUGCUGUACAGGAUUGCAUUAGCCAUUAUACAGGUAAUGAAUGACUUUCAAGCAGCUGAACGGAAGAGGCUUGAAGAGCCUGCAUCAGAAAUUGGCCUGGAACCUCUGUGUGCUGUGAUCAAUAAUAAUCUUCGCUGUUAUGAUCUUGCAAUGGAGCUCAGCAACAGCACUCUAGAAGCUUUGCCGCAAAAUUAUGCUGAACAGGUUAAUUUUGAAGACACUUGCAAAGGUUUUCUGGAAGUUGCAAAGGAAGGUGUGCAUCAAACUGUUACUGUUAUAUUUGAAGACCCAGGAGUUCAAGAGUUGCUGAUCAAGCUCUAUCAAAAAGAAUGGUCUGAAGGACAGGUGACAGAGUACCUAGUAGCAACAUUUGGAGAUUAUUUUGCCGACAUUAAAAUGUACGUUGAAGAAAGAUCAUUCAGGAGAUUUGUUGAAGCCUGUCUAGAAGAAUCGGUGGUGGUCUAUGUGGACCAUCUUUUGACACAGAAAAAUUACAUAAAGGAAGAAACUAUUGAGAGGAUGAGAUUGGAUGAAGAAGUAUUGAUGGAUUUCUUCAGGGAGUACAUUAGUGUUUCUAAAGUAGAAUCGAGAGUUAGAAUACUCAGUGAUCUGCGAGAGCUUGCUUCAGCUGAGAGUCUCGAUACGUUCACACUUGUCUACACCAAUAUUUUAGAACAUCAACCAGACUGCCCGUCUGAUGUGGUUGAGAAGCUUGUGGGCUUGCGAGAAGGCAUACCUAGGAAAGAUGCUAAAGAGGUGGUGCAAGAGUGCAAAGAAAUUUACGAGAACUCAAUGGUUGGCGGAAACCCUCCUAAAGCUGGAUUUGUUUUCUCCAGAGUGAAGUGCCUACAAGCAUCAAAGGGCUCCAUAUGGCGUAAAUUAACAUAGGACUCGUCUAUACUGUUGGUUUAGACUGCAUAUACGCAUCCACAUUACGUAGCUGUUUUCUACAGAUCAUCAUUAUUUUUCCGUUUAUUUGUGUGAAUCCCUCUGUCUCGCACCCUUGUUCCCAACCCAUUUUUAACCUUCUUAUAUUUUAUUCUUUUUUGGAGCUUUUAUUAUAGGUAAAGUUUUCAUGUCAGUUAGUUGUUGUAAAUUACAGGUCAACAAUAAGCAACACAAAACUUCCUUAGAUUUUGUUUGUAAAGAACUUAUUGGAUUUGUUAAUUUUGUUGUUUGUGAUUUUGGGUCUUAUAUUGUUGAAAAUACAGUCAAUUUAUAGUUUUGAUUUCGGUCCAAUCUUGGGCAUUGCAUUA